AUGGUUGCGAACGAGCGUCUUUAUACUGAGAUCUUUACAAAAAAGUACCUCGAGCUGUGCAUACUCGGUAAGGGUGUCACUACGGCCGGCUCUGAAGUCUUCUUGAUAGAACUACAAGGUCGUUGCCUUGGGCGAGCGAAGCAGUUCGUUGAAGCUGUGAAGGACGAACACUACGGAGGUUGGCAUUUGAUUGCAGCGCAGGACUGGCCAACUGAUGAGCAAGUACGUCAAGGCCUUGAGGAGGAUGUGAUGUUGGUAUAUGCUGGUGAGUAG